AUGACCCCAAACAACGAAACAACGGUUGAGUUGCCGCGAGGCGAAGCAUUCGAGACGCAGACGGACAAUGAGGCUGUUGAGCAUCUGACAAACGUCACCUCUAUCGAGCCAGUACCUCUCAAUGGCGGCUACGCCUGGGUUUGCACACUCUGCGUCUUCCUCGUCAACUCGCAUACAUGGGGUAUCAACAGUUCCUGGGCUGUCAUCAUGGCACAUUACUCUAAUGAGUCGACCGACUUGAAAACCUCCCACUUCGAAUACGCCAUCAUCGGCGGUCUGUCCAUCUCUCAGGUCCUGCUCUGCUCGCCCGUCGCGACCCAGUGCCACAAGCACCUUGGCAUGCGCGCUACUAUGCUUAUCGGCUCCUUCAUCAUCUUCGUCUCCCUCCUAAGCUCCUCCUUCGUCACAAAAGUAUGGCAGCUCGUUCUCGCCCAAGGCAUGUGUUUCGGCUGGGGCAUGGGUUUCCUCUAUAUCCCUGCCUCGUCGUCUUGCCCCCUUGGCAUCGGCGGCCUCAUAUACAGUCUCGUCACCAAAACGGCCAUAGACCGCUUCGGCGUGCACUGGACGUACCGUAUCCUCGCCGUCUGCGCCCUCAUUGCCAACGUCGUUGCGAGCCUCUUCCUUCGCGAGACGGGCGGCAAGGCGCGCCGCGUCGCACGCCGCGACGAGCUACGCUUCAACCCCCGCGACUUUGGCCGCGUCGAGGUUCUCCUCGUCAUGAUCUGGGGCAUCGCCACCGAGCUCGGCUACAUAGUUCUCCUCUACUCGCUGCCCAGCUACGCCGCGUCGGUAGGCAUGACGCCCACCCAGGGCUCCGUCGCCAACGCGCUGCUCAACCUCGGCCUCGGCCUCGGCCGCCCCCUCGUCAGCUACUUCAGCGACACCGUCGGCAGGAUCAACAUGGCCAUGCUCAUGACGGCCCUGUGCGCCGUCUUCUGUUUCGCGCUGUGGAUCCCCGCGCAGGGUUUCGCGCUACUGGGCGUGUUCGCUGUGCUCGCCGGCGCCACGUGCGGCACCUUCUGGGGCACCAUCACGCCCGUGCUUGUCGAGGUUGUCGGCAUGAAGAAGAUGGCCGGCACCUUUGGCGUCGUCUGCCUGUCCAUGGUGCUGCCCACGACCUUUGCCGAGGUCGCUGCCAUUGAAAUGUCGGUUGGGUCCGACGGCAAGGACUUCACUUCGGCGCAGGUCUUUGUCGCCUUCAUGUUCGUCGCCGGCGCCUUGAGCGUGUGGAUGCUCCGCAGCUGGAAGAUAUUCGACUCAGAGACAGAGCGGCCGGUGGCUCCGGCACCACGAUCGAGGUAUGGCGUGUCGUGGUUGGCGCCGAGGUUUCUCUUCCGCCUGUGGCAUGUGUAG